CGCAAAAUACAGUGGCAAUGUGUAUCGGAAUCAGUCCGCACCAGGUAUACGUGUACCCUUUCCCUUCGAGAAUUACUACGUCAAUCGCAAUCCAUACGUGGAACCUAACUACGAUGACAAAAUUGAUCUUAGUACCGUGAAUCAUAGGGAUAGGAAAAUCUAAUGACCUAGCAAAAGCAAUGGUGAUGAAUACUUAAGAUCAUGGACAUGACAUUGUGGAGCUGGGGCCUUGAGAUCAUUUGACACAUGAUGAAACUCACGCUUCCGCUUAUCUACUCCAGGCCAUUGAAGAUCCAUGGCGGGGACAGCGAAGGACUACUUGUUAUCAUCUCUGACGCGCGAUUGGGGAAACGGUGCAGUUGGUCAUGAAGCUCUGGCGUCGGUGAAGAUAGCUAGUACUGUGGCAACUAAAGCCGCGUCAUAUAUGAUGGAAUUAGCGAACCACGCUCAACGUAACGCAACAGAGCUAGACCGAGCAAGACGCGCAGUUGAAAAAUACGUAAUCGGAACCGACGUUGACACUAUUGUUAUGAUGAGCAAACUUACAAUACAUGAACAUUGACAUUCUAGAGGUAAGUAGAAGAACUCGUUCUACCAGCAUCAUCAAGAUAUAUGCUCCCGGAGUGGAAGCUCCCCCCCUUUCUGUUGCUCUAGUUCUUCACCCUUUUUCGCGUCUAAGAGAGCCGACGCAGAUCCGUUCGUGAAAGCCCUGGAUUCUGAUACGAGCGUCUCUCCUCAGCAAUACACAGCCUAUCCGAGUCCGACAGGUUCAACAGUGGCACUGGCGGAGGGUCGUCGAAUGUUCGGAAAGAGUGGACUGAACACGUUUUUGCCACCGUAUUUGAUGGAGGAUGUCGCUCGAUCCAAGGGGUUGCGCCCGACGGAGUUUCCAACAGACUACUCGCACCCAGCAGGUCCAGGAGAAAUUCCGCUCUCGACACCGGCAGACAUGGACGGUCGUUUUCUCCAGAGAUUCGACACUGCGUUAGCCUCGGCGAACUCGAAAGAUGAAAUCUUAGCCAAAUUCAUGUGAACUUUUUUUCCACGAAGGAUGGAAUGCUUUCUGUUGCUUGACAAGUUGCUUGACUGAAAGAGAGUGAAAGCCAAAACACUAGGAACAAGUUAUCCUAGAAAAACCUAGUAGUCGCGAUAAAUGUGAAUGGAAAUGACCUUGCUAAGGACAGUACGAAACGAAAACGCGGUCUUCAGGAAAUACGACAAAUCAUUGUGAUGCUUGUGAUAGUGAUUUUUUGUCGUGUGUCGAAUUCGAUAGAAAUCACAAUCGCUUUCAUCUUCAAUCUUCCUUC